CCUGAAUACGGAACUGAAGCAGCAGCUCAGUUUCUUGUUCUGAGGAGGCAGUACCGAGGGAGCCCAGCGUCGACGUGAAGAGCUGGGAGCUUAGAGCAGACACUUGCACUCCUGGAGAUGUGGAAGUCUGUAGUAGGGCAUGAUGUAUCUGUUUCCGUGGAGACCCAGGGUGAUGACUGGGACACAGACCCUGAUUUUGUGAAUGACAUCUCUGAAAAGGAGCAACGAUGGGGAGCCAAGACUAUUGAAGGCUCUGGACGUGCAGAGCAUAUCAACAUCCACCAGCUGAGGAACAAAGUGUCAGAGGAACAUGAUAUUCUCAAGAAGAAGGAGAUGGAAUCAGGGCCCAAAGCAUCCCAUGGGUAUGGAGGUCGUUUUGGGGUGGAAAGAGACCGAAUGGACAAGAGUGCUGUGGGCCAUGAAUAUGUUGCUGAGGUAGAGAAACACUCUUCUCAGACUGAUGCUGCCAGAGGCUUUGGGGGCAAAUAUGGAGUUGAGAAGGACAGAGCAGACAAGUCAGCAGUUGGCUUUGAUUACAAAGGAGAAGUGGAGAAGCAUGCAUCUCAGAAAGAUUACUCUCAUGGCUUUGGAGGCCGUUAUGGGAUAGAGAAGGAUAAACGGGACAAGGCAGCUCUGGGAUAUGACUACAAGGGAGAGACAGAGAAGCACGAGUCCCAGAGAGAUUAUGCCAAGGGCUUUGGUGGUCAGUAUGGAAUCCAGAAGGACCGAGUGGAUAAGAGCGCCGUUGGCUUCAAUGAAAUGGAGGCCCCAACUACAGCUUACAAAAAGACGACACCCAUAGAGGCUGCUUCUAGUGGUGCUCGUGGGUUGAAGGCAAAAUUUGAGUCCAUGGCUGAGGAGAAGAGGAAGCGGGAGGAAGAAGAAAAAGCACAGCAGAUAGCCAGGCAGCAACAGGAGAGAAAGGCCCUGGUAAAGAUGAGUCAUGAGGCUAAGGAGCCAGUGGACACUGUGAGAGAGCCAGAGGUGGCAGCCCCAUUGCCCAAGAAAAUCUCUUCAGAGGCCUGGCCUCCAGCAGGGAGCUGUCCAUCAUCAGAGUCUGGGCCUGUGAGAAUCAGUAGGGAACACCCAGUACCUACCCUGCCCUUGAGGCAGAAUCCCCCAGAGGAUGAGGAGCCCCCGGCCCUGCCUCCCAGGACUCUGGAAGGCCUGCAGUUGGAGGAAGAGCCAGUGUAUGAAGCAGAGCCUGAACCUGAGCCUGAGCCCAAGCCUGAGCCUGAGCCUGAGCCUGAGCCUGAGAAUGACUAUGAGGAUAUUGGAGACAUGGACAGAUAUGAGCAGGAUGGUGAACCAGAUGGAGACUAUGAGGAUGUACUCGAACCCGAGAAUCCCGCUUUUGCCUCCACUAUGGCUGAAUCAUCUGGCUACCCAGCUGGGGCUGGAGCAGGGAUCUCAGCUGUAGCCCUGUAUGAUUACCAAGGAGAGGGAAGUGACGAGAUUUCCUUUGAUCCUGAUGACAUCAUCACUGACAUUGAGAUGGUGGACGAGGGCUGGUGGCGGGGACGUUGCCAUGGUCACUUUGGACUCUUUCCUGCAAAUUAUGUCAAGCUCCUCCAGUAACUGGCUCUCCCUGUCUCCUGCACUGUGACUUCCCAUGUCCAAAGUGGUUCUGCAUUCACCCCCACCCUCUCCCUACUGCAAGUGUCAUGAGAUUCUAGAGAAACUUUCCUCUCCCUCUCCAGUAGGAGUUAGGACAGAGACAGCAUGAAGAAGGGGUCUUUUUCCCCUCAGUGUUCUUCCUACCCUAGAUAAGCUCAUGGACAUUCAUCUUGUGGUCCUGUUCCUUUCCCAUGAAUACUCCCUCAAAUACCCCAAGUUCAGCCUUCCUCUGUUUGUGAGCUCUGAGCUUCCUGGUUUGCUUAACAUGCAAAGGUAUGUCUAGAUAGUCUGGUUUGCCCAGCUAUACUGUUUGUCUACUUUCCUUUUCUGCAGAGAUGUUUUUUUUUUUUUUUAUCUUCUCUCUGCUCAACCUUAAAUCAGAAAUAAAGUGGGACUGUGGUUCAUUUAUA